AUGUCUUUAGACAACAUCACACCAUCAAAACAACCUAACAAAGAUGAAACCCAAACCUCUGCCGGUGGUGGUGGUGGUGGUGGUGGCGGCGGUCGGAAAGCAUCCAUCUUGAAACCACCUGAACAAACCCUUAAGUGCCCUAGAUGUGAUUCACCCAACACAAAGUUCUGUUACUACAACAACUACAGUCUGACUCAACCCAGAUACUUUUGCAAGACUUGUAGAAGGUACUGGACCAGAGGUGGUGCCCUCCGCAACGUCCCCAUUGGUGGAGGUUGCCGGAAGAACAAGAAGACGAGGGUGAGUUCUUCGAGGUAUGUCAAUGGAGAUUCUUCAUCCAAAGACUCGUCUUUGGAUAUUGGAGGUCUGAGUUUGCUCAGUGGUCCUUCCCCUCCAGCCAUGGACUUUCAGUUUGCUGGGAUUAACAAUAAUAUCAAUAUUCCACCUAGACUGAACCACUUCUCGUCUUCAUUUGGAGAUUUAUCCAACAAUCCUCCUCCUUUCAUAAAUCUUGAUUCUUUAGGGUUUAAUUUCCCUUCGAUGAAACAAGAUCAUCAUCAUCAUCAACCGCAUGGAGGAUUAUCAAAUUUUCAAGGAAUGGGUGUUGCUGAUAACCUUCAUUUGAAUCCCACCACUAAUCUCGCUUCUUCCAUAGAAUCUUUAAGCUCUAUCAACCAAGAUUUACAUUGGAGGCUGCAGCAACAGCGACUGGCUACUUUGCUUGGUGGCACCGGCAGCGACGAUGGUGGUGGUGGUGGUGGUGCUGGAGGAGAACCUGAUCAGCAACAGCAGCAAAAUCAAAUCGCUAUUGAAUCCCAAUCUCAGAAGCUACAACCCAUUUUGUUUCACAACCUGGAGAUCCCAAAACCCUCAAUGUCCAGUGACGUAAGAAAAGAUGGCAGCGGCAGUGGUGGCGGUCUGGAGACGGAGUGGUUCUUUGACAACAAUUAUGCACCUGUGAAUGUGAAUCCGUCGACGGAGAUGGCUCCAGCUGAUAUCAACACCGCCGGAAACUAUCAAAUUGGAAGCAUUAACAACUGGAACAUCGGGAUGCAAGCUUGGAAUCAAUUCAAUCAGUACAGUCCACUUCCAUAG